UUAAAUCAAUAAAUUUAGUUUCCUUACAUCUGAAAGAACUUUUUGUCUUUUCUUUUCUUUUUGAAUGUAGAGAUUAGAGGGGGUAUUUUCCUUGCAUUUGAAUCCUCCCUCUUCAAUCAUCCAACUUCCCAUAUUUUAUCUUCUUUUUCCCCUUGAACUGUUAAGGCAUUUUCCCAUUUUAGCAUUUUUUCUAAUCUUAUUGUUUCUAUAUUCUUUUAUAGGCUUGUGAUAUCUAUAUGUUAAUCAACAUUUUAUCAGUUUCCUUGUGCAAUUUAAUGCUUGAAAAUAGCCUUUCUUUGAAUUCUUAGAUACCCAAUUGUGAAAAGACUCAAUUUUUAUAUUCCUAUCUGAUUUUAUUAGUUUAUUUCUGCAAUUUGUUGCCCAAGAAAUGGUCUUUCUUUAAAUUCUUGGAUACCCAUUUUAAAAAGACUCAAUUUUUAUUCUUCUUUCUGAAAGUUGACCAUUUCUUUUGUGUAAAAUCCACAUUUUAUCAGUUUUUUUAUGCCCAAGAAAAUGGUUUUUCUUUGAAUUCUUGAAUUACCCAUUUGUAAAAAGAAUCGAUCUUUGUACUUUUAUCUUAUUUUAUCAGCUGUUUUCUGCAAUUUGAUGCCCAAAAAAUGGCUUUUCUUUGAAUUUUUGGGCCCCAUUUCUGAAAAAACUCAAUCCUUGUGCUUAUAUCUGAUUUUAUCAGCUCUUUUCUGCAAUUUGAUGCCCAAAAAUGGCCUUUUUUUAAAUUCAUGAAUACCCAUUUGUAAAAAAGACUCAAUCUUUUGUGUAAAAAUUCACAAAAAUGUAUGGAACUCAUAGCAAGAAAGACAUGGAAAUUGAAUACCAAUCACAAGUUCCAAUUUUGAGGCCAAGUAUACAUGCAAGAAGGGCAAAAAUAACUGUAAAAUUUCAAGAUCUAUAUGGAUUUACAGUUGAAGGGAAUGUUGAUGAUGUAAAUGUGUUGAAUGAGGUUAGGGAAAAAGUUAGGGAACAAGGGAAAGUUUGGUGGGCAUUAGAAGCAAGCAAAGGUGCAAAUUGGUAUUUGCAAACUCAUGUUUCAUCAACACUUAAAACAUCCUUAAAGUUCUCUGCUUUGGUGAAUGCAAUUACUCUCAAGAAGCUUAUUAGGAAAGGUAUCCCACCUGUUUUGAGGCCUAAGGUGUGGUUCUCACUAUCAGGAGCAGCUAAGAAGAAAUCAACCGCCCCGGAUAGUUAUUAUGAGGAUAUGACCAAAGCUAUACAAGAUAAGGUCACACCUGCAACCAAGCAGAUUGAUCAUGACCUCCCGCGAACCUUUCCUGGUCAUCCAUGGUUGGACAGUCCUGAGGGUCAUGCUGCCCUAAGGCGUGUCCUUGUUGCCUAUUCUUUCCGCGAUUCUGAUGUUGGCUACUGCCAGGGAUUAAACUAUGUUGCAGCAUUAUUAUUGCUUGUAAUGAAAACCGAAGAAGAUGCUUUCUGGAUGAUUGCUGUCCUUUUAGAGAAUGUAUUAGUUAGUGACUGUUAUACAAAGAACUUGUCUGGAUGCCAUGUCGAACAAAGAGUAUUCAAGGAUCUAUUAACCAAAAAAUGUCCCAGGAUAGCCGCUCAUUUGGAUGCACUGGAGUUUGAUGUUUCUCUUGUUUGCACUGAGUGGUUUCUCUGCCUUUUCGCGAAAAGCUUGCCUUCUGAGACAACCUUGCGGGUCUGGGAUGUCCUUUUCAAUGAAGGUGCAAAUCUUCUAUUCCAUGUGGCAUUGGCAAUUUUUAAGAUGAAUGAAGAAGAGUUGCUGACUGUGCAUCAUGUCGGAGAUAUAAUUCAUAUCAUCCAGAGAAGCACUCAUCAACUUUUUGAUCCUGAUGACUUGUUGACGGUUGCUUUUGAUCAAAUUGGCUUUAUGACAACCACUACUAUUUCAAGACAGAGGAAAAAGCAGGAACCGGCGGUCAUGGCAGAGCUUGACCAGAGACUAAAGCGAUUAAAUUCUAUAAAUACGGGCGAGGAACAAUAGUUUAUGAGCGAAACUUAGUAAUUGUAGUAUAUAUAUAUUUAUACAAAUGUAUCUCUAUCAGGGCAUGCUGCCCUUUUAGGAAAUCAAACUUUUGCUCAUAAAGCAAUGAGCUAGACAGCAGCUUGGAGAGUCUUGUGGUUUAUUUGAGUUGUAUGUAUGUAGAUCUUCAAAGGUGUAAAUUUUGAACUGUUUUAUUCUAGUUCUUCAUUUUUGCUCCU